GUGGAAUUUCCGCAAGUCAUGUGAUCUAGCUGCCGAUCACGUGGUACAGGUCAAGCUUUGGGACAAAAUGGCGGCUGUCAACCGUGCCCUUGAGUGAGCCUCGCCAAGUUCAAAGUGCAAUAUCAUCAAUAUGGGGGUAAAACGAUGCGCUUAUGGCACUUGUAAUAGUGACUCACGUUUCUACCAUAAACCACAUAUGGCAGAUGUGUUUUUUAUUACAUUUCCAAAGCCCACAUCAAAGCCCGAGAUGUGUGACCGCUGGAUCAGAGCGUGUUCCCGCGGUGAUGAUUUUGGCCGUCACAAGAUCACCCAAGAUACAUAUGUAUGUUCCAAACACUUUGUUGAUGGACAUGGUCCUACAGGCGAACAUCCUGACCCUAUACCAGCUACCGCUAGAGGUGUGGAACUUAGAAUAUUCAACACGAAGAAGUCAAGACCACCACCUAAAGGCCGUGUGAGCUUGUCGCCAGAGAAGAAAAAAAGUCGUUCACAACUCCAGGUACUCAAUGUGAACAUUGAUAAGGAAAAUGAAAUAACUGAGGGUUCUGAAGAGCAAGAUAAAAAUGUUGAUAAUGAAGAUGCAAGAAAACAGGUUUCCUGUUCUGAUGCAGCUACUCAGACUGACAUCUUGCAUGAUGAUCUGGCUGGCUACAGUGAUGAUCAGCUCAAACAACCUAAACUUCUACAGAGAAAACUAUUCAUGGAUGAUGUUCUCAGAAGUGACAAAUCAUGCAAAUUCUACACAGGUAUUACAUCCAUACAGCUUCUGUUGUUCCUGCACAGAUUCCUACAGUCCAAAGCUGAGAGGUUAACACUGUGGAAAGGGGAAGAAACAACAGAGAAUGCCAAAAACAAAGAUGACCAUCACCCCAGGGGACUGUCCACCUUCACAGCUUUCCUCCUAACACUUGUGCGCCUGAGACGUGGCCUUGAUGUCGACCAUUUGAGUGAUCUGUUUGGCAUAUCAUCAUCGACAGUUAGCCGUUACUUCGGACAUACAUUGAGUUUAUAUCAAGGAGCUCAGUUUUGUUGUUAAGUGGCCAAUCAGACUGCAGGUUCAAGCUCACCUCCCAAAGGCAUUUAGAUAUUU